AUGGACUAUGGCCUCAAAUCCACGCUUAUUUUAAAAAAAUUUGAGUUUAAAGAUAUCGACGAUUUGUUCGAUAAACUUCCUCCAAGAUUUUUUGGUGAAAAGGUCAAAUUUAAAGCAGGUUUAAAAGAAUGGCGAAAGAACAUGAAUGUGCCAUUUGAGUGUGAUGAAAGCAGUAAAAUUUUGGAAUUGUUAGAGAAAAUUUCGAACGACUUGAAUGCUGUUAAAAAUUCGAGAGAGUCUUCGCCUUUACCUCAGUCGUCAUGUGGUUGCAUAGACAGUGGGAGCUUAAUUGAACUUUUAAAAAGUACCGUAAAAGGCCAGCUUAUACUCCAGUAUCAGGAAGAAAAAGGUUUCCUGGAUGCCAAACACCAAAACACAUUGUGCCAAUGCAUUAUUGAAAAAUAUAUUGGAAGCCAAAAAAAAUUGACGUAUGGAGAAAUGCAGAGGUGGGCCACCUCUAUAUGCGCUGUAUUCCCCAAAGAAAGGCCGGAAACAUACUUUCUAGCUAGAAAGUACGGAAAGAAAAAUCCCACAGGAAAGUUGUUUUCUCGAUGGGUCAAUUCAGAUAAAGGCAACUAUAAUUUUCCGGAAAAUUCUAAUACCCAAGAUCUACAAGCAAUUUCGGCCAGCGGUAAAAAUAUAUUUAUUAUCUGUAUUUACAUCGUAUACUUAUUUCAUAAUGUUUAG